AAAAAAUAGUGAGGAUCCAUUCUCCAUAUGAAACUCUCAAUCUGACUAUUCUGACUGUCAAAAACUGAAAUUGAAUGCCACUUCCUCUUUCACUAUCAUCCGCAGAAGGGAUACCACUGUAGCCGAGGGAAAACGAAUGGACCGAUUAACCAGUUUGCCAAAAGUUAUUAUAUUAGAUGACAUUCUUACAAGGUUGCCAUACAAAGAUGCUGCUAGGACCAGUGUUUUGUCAAAGGAGUGGAGGGACACUUGGUAUUCAUUUCCCAUAUUAUCCAUUUGCAGCAAAGAUUUUUUUAGUAUGCAUGAUGUGUUACUAAAGAAUCCUCUUAGGUUUAGCAAUCAAGAUAUGCUCAUUCACUAUGUCACUAAAAGAUUGUUGAAGCUUCUUGAUCAAGGCUUAGCAAUUAAAGUAUUUAAGCUCAACAUGCAAUGUGUAGACCAUAAGAAAAUGUUCUAUCAUGUUGAUCUUUGGAUGAAGAUGGUCAGCGAAAAUGGUGUCCAGGAACUUGAGCUUCGCCUCCCCCUCCCUACUGCCUAUGUUGCAAAAGGGUGCACUAUAGACCAAGAAUAUGAUCUUCCACUUUGUGUCAUUGAAGCCAAAUCACUUACUAAAUUGGUGUUGAGAGGGAAAAUAAGAUUCCACCAAGCAUUUCUAAACCAUUCAAUCAAGCUUUUCUCAGUUAGAAUGUUACGUUUAUGUGAGGUACUCUUUUCACAUGAAGGGAUUGUUGAGAAUCUCAUAUCUCAUUGUCCUUUGAUUGAACAUUUAACCAUUAAUGAUUGUUAUAUAUAUAACCCUUUAAGUGUACCUUGUCCUGUUAGAUCAUUGUUCCUACAUGGUCUAGAAAAGCUCAAGGAAGCUGAUGUUCGAGGAAUACAGGGGGUUUAUAUUGAUGCUCCAAAUCUUGAGAAUUUAUGUUAUUGUCCUCUAGAUGUUUAUGCGCCUUUCAAGUUGAAUUUAGAUAGUUUCACAAAUUUGAGAUGUUUGCGUUUAUUCUUUUUGGAGGGCUCUAUCAUUACAGAUAAGUGGUUUGUUGAACUAUUUCAUAAAUUCCAUUUCCUGGAGAGUUUGUCACUGUUGUGUUGUUCUAUGUCUGUAAAGAUUAAUAUUUUGAGUGCACACUCAAACGCUUGGAGUUAUCAAUACAGUGCUCUAACUUGAGGGAGGUCAAUAUUGAUGCUCCAAAUUUAUUAUCAUGCCAGUAUUAUGGAAACUUCAAAAUUGCUAUAUCUUUUCUGAGAUAUUCUAAUCAACUGGAACUCAGUUUUAAUCCUACCCUGGAUUAUAAGCAUAAUUAUAGCUUGAGGGAAUUUAUCCAAAAUAUUAAACCACAAAUGGUUUUGGCAUCACUCUCCCUAUCUAUCCAACAUCUACCAGGAAUUGAACAGAUUUUGAGUCAAAUCCAAGUUUCAUCCACUCCUCCUACUAUUAAACGUCUAGGAUUGCAGUGUGUUCCGAAAAAAUGAAGCUCUCUAUUUCCCUUAUGUGAAUUGGUUGCUUUCAAGUUGCUGCCCAAGAACUAUUAUAUUCAUCUUGCACUCUGAUUAUGACAGGAAACCAUUUAUCUUGUUUAUGUAUGAGUUGCUGAUGGGAAGAAAAAAGUGGAAGUGGUUUCACCAUUUUAGUGACACAAAGUGUUGGUGGCAUGAAUUGAAGAAUGUCAAGGUCACAAGUUAAUUCAAGGUUCAUGAGAAUGUUGACUUAGAAACCAUGUUAGAUUCAUUCCCAAAAUCUGAUGGUGAGGAGUAUAUUAGUUUUAGCUUAGAAUUGUAAUUUCGUUAUUAUCAACUUAUGCUAGACAUGCUUAAUUGGAUUUACAACUUUGAUGUUGCUUCUGAGAAGAUCUGGCUAAGUAUUACCCAGGCAUUUAUUUUUACUUGAUAUAACAUAUAAGUCUGUAUUUAUG